AUGGUAAACGCUCAAGAAUAUAUAGAAAGUAAUUUUCCUAAAAAUGUUAAAAUAAUCUCUGCUAUAUCGUGUCAAUUAGAAGGACAUUUAGAUUUAUCAGAAUAUCCUAAUUUAACCAGUGUAGACAUUGGAUGCAACUCUCGAUUAACAAGUUUACAACUUGCUCAAUCGACCGGAAUUACAUUUAUUAGCAUAUUUGAAACCGGCAUUGAUAAUUUUUCUUUUUUGGCUUAUACGCCUAACAUCCAUGCAAUUUGUUUGCCUCGACCAGGAGACAUAAUUGGCGAUCAUACUGGCAGCAAUGUCUAUUUUUCCAAAGCUCUCCGAGAAAGUUGCCAAGAGAAUUACAAAUUGCAAACCAAUCUAAAGCAAUCGAAUAGGCAAAUCCAAACCCAACUAGAUCAAGAAAUAAAAAAAAUUAGUGACAAUAACCAACGAAUUAAAAAGUUAGAGCAGGAAAAUCAAGAAUUACAAAGCCAAAAUAAAGACCAGCAAAAUCAGAUAAACGAAUUGUCCAAUAUAGCCUUACCUAAUAGUCCGUAUAAUUUAACUAAACUUAAGCAAGAGAUUAUCCGACUUAAAGUCCAAGAAUUAGCACCGAAAGUAAGAAAUGAGAGCACGAAGGUGGUCAAGUUAAUUGAGGAAGCAAAAAAUAAAGCGGGCAACUUUUCUUCCAUUGUUGAUUUAAUCUUAGAAACCCAAAAGCAAAUCGUGCAGAACAGCGUAACUUCUCAGCGUGAUAUAUUUUUUGGCAAAAUGGAAGCUUAUCGAACCAUUCUUGAAAGUGUUUUGUCUAAAGAAGAGCUGCAAACUCUCUUAAACAAACAAACAGAAUUUCUAGAAUUAGAAAAGCACUUAAAAAGUUUACAGUUGUAA